AUAGGGGAGACAUCAGUUGUAGAUUCGUGACGAUUCGAAUUUUUCAUUGAUAACACAAAGUGGAAAAUAUUUCACAUUUGCAUGGGUGUUAUUAGUUAUGAAUAUAAAGGUAAUUGCAUCUUCGACCCCUCUUUCCGUCCCUCUUCUUUGCAGACGCCGUGCAUAUUCUGUCAUGCACGAAAUCAAAGCGCAGGCGUGAAAGGCGACGAGAGAGGGAGGCGGAGGAGGAGGCGGCCAAUCUUGCGCAGACUGCCCGCCUGCAGCCCCAGUGAUGCUGCUGCUGUCUAAAUGGAGCCCGUGAUGUAAAUACAAGGAUGGCGAGGGCAUCGGAUGGAACACGCCGCUUCAUGUGCGCUUGACAUCGGAUCGUUUCUCCUUGACGUCGACGCGCCUCACGGACGCAGCGCUCCAUGCCUUCAUGCAUUUGUCUUGACGCAAAAAAACCCCAAAGCGAGACGCGGGAGGCUUCUCGCUGAAAAGCAGGACAACAACAACAAAAAAGAGAGAAUCGGGAUUUAAGCGGGUCAUUAUGACCUUAGUCGCCUCUAGUGCAAAGAAAGCAUCGAAUUGCGUUCAGGCGGCCGCGUUGUGCUUGCAUCUCUUGCUUUGGAUUGCGUGUGCAGUGUCCGGAGAGGAGCACCAGCACUUCAGCGUCGAGGGAUGGCUACAGAGGUACGGCUACCUUCCCCACACAGAACCCAAAAUGUCCGUUCUGCGCUCGGUCCAAACCAUGCACUCGGCCAUUGCUGCCAUGCAGCGCACCUACGGACUCAAUGUCACCGGGACGCUGGAUGAGAGAACCAUGGAUGAUAUCACGCUGAGUUGGAUGCAGAAGCCCCGCUGCGGCGUUCCAGACACGCUCAAAAGUGCUUCGAGGUCACGGAGGCGGAGAUAUGCGCUAACAGGCCAGAAGUGGCAGCGUACGCACAUCACCUACAGCAUAAAAAAUGUCACGCCAAAGGUGGGCGCUCGUGAGACCCACGACGCUAUCCGCCGAGCAUUUGACGUGUGGCAGGGUGUGACGCCGCUGCGCUUCGAGGCCGUCCCUUACAGCGCCUUGGAGACGGGCCGCCGCGACGUGGACAUUACUAUCAUCUUCGCCUCGGGUUUCCACGGCGACAGCUCGCCUUUUGACGGGGAGGGCGGUUUCCUCGCCCACGCCUACUUCCCCGGUCCGGGCAUUGGAGGCGACACCCACUUUGACUCGGAUGAGCCUUGGACUCUGGGGAAUCCCAACCAUGAUGGGAACGACCUCUUCUUGGUGGCCGUGCACGAACUGGGCCACGCCCUCGGCCUAGAACACUCCAACGAUCCCACUGCGAUCAUGGCUCCUUUUUACCAGUACAUGGACACGGAGAACUUUAAACUACCUCAUGACGACCUGCAGGGCAUCCAGAAGAUAUACGGUCCACCUGACAGAGCCCCGCAGCCAACCAGGCCUCCGCCCACUGUCCCACCUCCUCGCUUCCACCUUCCCUCAGACCCCCGCAAGCACGACCGACACACCAGACCCCACCGCCCUCCGCAGGGAGGCAAGCCGUCAAACCCAAACUCCAAGCCCAGCAUCUGCGACGGAGGCUUCAAUACGCUGGCCAUCCUGCGCCAGGAACUCUUUGUCUUCAAGGAUCAAUGGUUUUGGAGGGUGCGGGACAACUCGGUGGUCCCUGGGUACCCCAUGCAGAUCAAUUACUUCUGGAAAGGCUUGCCUUCCAAAAUUGAUGCAGUCUACGAAAACAGCGAAGGAAAAUUUGUAUUUUUCAAAGGUAACCGCUUCUGGGUGUUCAAGGACACAACUCUGCAGCCGUCCUAUCCUCAGGACAUCUCGCUCUUCGGUAGCGGCAUGCCCACGCAGAGCAUUGAGACGGCUGUGUGGUGGGAGGACGCGGCCAAGACCUACUUCUUCAAAGGAGACAGAUACUGGCGCUACAAUGAAGAUAUGAGGACCAUGGAUCCAGGUUAUCCCAAGCCCAUCACCAUCUGGAAGGGCAUCCCCGAUUCUCCGCAGGGGGCUUUCGUGGACAAAGCCAACGGUUUCACAUACUUUUACAAAGGGAAAGAGUACUGGAAGUUCAGCAACCAGCUGCUCCGGGUGGAGCCGGGCUACCCGCGCUCCAUCCUGCGCGACUUCAUGGGUUGCGACGGCCUCCCCCCGGACCCCGACUGGGACUGGAGCCCGCCGGCGGCCGAGGAGCGCAACUACGACAGCGGCGACGCCGACGUGGUCAUCAAACUGGACAGUGCGGGCGGAACGGAGAAGGCGGUGGCCAUCGCCAUCCCCUGCGUCCUGGCCCUAUGCAUGAUGGUCCUGCUGUACACCGUGUUCCAGUUCCGCAGGAAGAGCACGCAGCGCCACAUACUGUACUGCAAGCGCUCCAUGCAGGAGUGGGUGUGAGGAAGGCCCGACCGCGCCGAGCGGGGGCGCGGAGCUUGGAUAAAAAGGUCUAAUAAUUGCCGCGUUUUGCGAUGCCCGGCAGAACUGCACAAAAGGAUACUGAAGGCAGUGAGGGAGCCAUAUCUCUUAAGUCCUGUGUAUUUAUCUACUUGGACUCUUUUCUCUAGAUGAACUCAACGGAGCAAGUGCGACUUAAGCUCCUGUAUGUAAGUGGACCUUUUUUCGUCUCUCUCCCUGUCUGCACACUUGCUUGAAGAAAAAAAAAAAGCUCCCGCGCACCCACCAAUUCGUUUUAAGCUUCUACUUGACUUUUGUUCUCAAUGAAAUUACCUUGAGCUGUUAUUUUAUUUAUUUUCUUAAUUUCAAUUGUAUGACGAUUGAUACGCACACACACGAGCAUUGUGUGGAUCUUUUCUUCCAAAGAGGAUGCUGGCUCAACUUUUGCAAUCAUUUUCCUCAAUUUUUUGGUGGUACAUGCUGAUUUUUAUUUAGUUCAUAAUUUAUGAAGAUAGCAGGCAGCGUAUAAAGUGUGGCUGAAAAACAUUAAGCUGACUAAUAAAGCCCAGUUGAAGGUCAUUGGUAGAAAAAAAGGUAACAGAAGAAUGGAAUUCUGUGAUAAUACCCCCCUAGGGUUAGGAUUUAGGGUUAUGGUUUAGGGUUUAAACCGCCCUAAACCGAACUUGUCAGCGCUGAUGAGUUCAGGUGGGGUCGGUGGGUUAGCCACACGGUUGCUAACCGUCAUAUGCUAUUGUUUAGCCACAACUGAAUUCAUUACCUAAUUACUAUUCGUCAUUCACACAGCCGCUGGAAACAGAAAUGUUGUUUUAUCCACUUACAGGCAACCGGGAGAUUAAUUUUUGACUCAUUAAUGAUUUUACAACACUGUUCGGGUGUGCGCUGGUCCUGAUGGGAAUGGGAAACGCAGUCUUCCUCAAGGCAAAACACUACCGCUUUUUUGACUACCGGCGUCGCUAAAAUCAACCAAAACUGAAAAGUUAUCAAGUGUCGAUUUACAUCACAGAUCAAAUUUGAUCCACUCGCCAAAAAUAUGGGCAGAUUUCUAACACAAUACAAGGGUUAAUCCGAUUACCACCAAAUUCAAAGGGCAGAUGGUUGAAAAGGCAAGGCAAAUUUAUUUGUAUAGCACAAUUCAACACAAGGCAAUUCAAAGUGCUUUAUAUCACAUGAUGGACAUAAAAAUCACAUUAAAUCAAAAGAAUGUUAAAAGCAAUUGAAACAGGAAAUAAAAUUAUACAUGAAAAUCACAUUAAAUUGAAAUCAGAACUGGAAAUAAGUCAGAAAAGGAAUAAAAAGCAAAUAGCUUGAAGUUUAAAAUAUGUAGACAAUUAUGUACAGUGUAUCAUAAAAGUGAGUACACCCCUCACAUUACUGCAGGUAUUCAAGUAUAUGUUUUCAUGGGACAACACUGACAAAAUGACACUUUGACACAAUGAAAAGUAGUCUGUGUGCAGCUUAUAUAAUAGAGUUCAUUUAUUUUCCCCUCAAAAUAACUCAAAAUAUAGCCAUUAAUAUCCAAACCCCUGGCGACAAAAAAAGAGUACACCACAUGGGAACUACAUACAUCCCUAAAUGUCCAAAUUGAGUACUGCUUGUCAUUUUCCCUCCAAAAUGUCAUGUGACUCGUUUAGGGCUGCAGCUAUCGAAUAUUUUAGUAAUCGAGUAAUCGACUGAAAAUUCUGUCAAUUAAUCGAGUAUUCGGCUAAAACAAAUAUAUUUUUAGGUGAAGAGCAAUUAUAUAUAUACAUGAGAAAACAAGACACUUCAUCUAAUCUUGAACCAUUUUCAGUCAAUCACUUGCCACGUUUACAUGGAGCCAAAUAUUCCAAUUACAAUCGGAAUAUUUGUUCAAACCGAAUAAAUGUGUUCCAUAUAAACACCUCAUUCGGAAUGAACAGGCCCAAACCGAAUGGAAUUUCAUUCCGAUUCACAGGGGUGGAAUAUUCCUUUUCCCAAACCGAUUAGAAGUAAAAUUAUAUCAUGUAAACAGGGAAGCGGAAUGGUGUCUGGUUGCGUUCUUUCUGCACAUGCUCCGUACUGACGUGGUGACGUAAGUAACGUCACAUGCAACAUGGCUUCCAAGCACACGCACAGCGUUCCCACACAACUUUUUAAAUGAACGGCGUGUCAUUCUGAAGUUUUGUUUCCACUCGAAAAGUUAGAACAGCAGCUGAUCUGACGAUCGAUCUCCAUGUUUUGCAACGUGACGCUUUGUUUUGAUUAAUCUGCGCAUGUCAGACGGCAGUUGUCAAACGUCCUUUCGGAAUAAAGGCAGACACAUAUAAGCGCUGGAUCGGAAUAGAUGAAGUGACAUGUAAACAGCUGAUGUGAAAUUUCCAUUCGGAAUGAUUUGAAUCGGUAUGAAAAAAAGUCAGCAUGUAAACGUGGCUACUGUCUUUAUUUUCGAUGUAUAUUGUUGAAAACAGCCAACAAUUGCAUCUCAGAUGUAACUAGAAAAAAAAAAAAAGACUAAUUCACUGCUUUCAUUCAAAAAACUUUUAGAUCUUAUUAAAUAUAUAUUUCUUACCUAAAAAUGCCAUUACGCUUGAUAACACACAUCACUUAAAAGUAAGGAUUUUUUCCCACGUGUUUCAAUUGAAUUUCUAUUUGUGUCAAGCCAUUUCUAAGUUCUAGUUAAGUUUUAAGUUAGUCUAAACUGUAAGUCCUGAUAGGGUUUUGAGUUUUUGCAUUGUUCAAAAUAAAUGUAUGAUACAGGCUGUAUUGGAGCCAUUAGGAACCAGGGCUACUUGGUGUUUUAUCCAGCAAUGACAACUGAGCUAAAAUUGAUAGUUAGCAUUAUUAAGUUUUUAUUUUACACCCUCAUAGCUCCACAACGCUGUUAUGUUAAAGCCUGUAUGUAAGACACGUUAGCCACGCAUCGACAGUGGUCAUAAUUCAUAGAAACCUAGCCCUCCGCAGGGCUAACGUUACUUGAAUUAGUGACAGUAACGUUAAUCUUUAUUUAUUAGCGCUUAGCGCUCUUUAUUAGCGCUUUGCGCUCUACUGCUGUAAGAUGGCAGUUGUUUACUAACGCCGCUGACUCUGUCAUUUCGCAUCUAGUUCAACAUACAUGUGAUCUCUCUGAGACACAUCAGACGCUACCUGCUACCAACGUAGCAUCGUGCGGGCUAGCAUUUAGCAACGUCGGCGUCGUUUGUAGCGGCUGUCGACUGCAGUACGUUUUUUUUUUUUUGCUUCUUCCUCUACGCACGUGACAUCAGCGCGUUGUCCCGCAUUAAAAGUAAUCUGAGCAAAACGUGAUGCUUAGAGCUGUCAAAAUAAACGAUUACUCGAGGUGAAUAAAAUUACUGGGAUCAGUUUUUAAACUCGAGUUGCUCGAGUAUUCGUUUCAGCUCUAGACUCGUUACAAGACGGUACACAAAAAAGCCCGUAAACAGUUUGCUGAAGACAUGUCAACAAAGCACAUGGAUUAUUAGAUAGAUUAGAUAGAUAUUUAAAUAUCUGCAGUAAUGUGAGGUGUGUUCUCACUUUUUGAUACACUGUAUAUGCUGUGCUAAACAAAAGCCUUUUUAGCCUUUAUUUAAAGGAGCUAACAGUUUUAGCACACUUCAGACCUUCAGGUAAUUUGUUCCAGGUGUGAGUAGCAUAAUAACUAAAUGCUGCCUCACCCUGCUUGUUUCUUGUUCUGAUGAAAAAUCCGGAUAAAUUUGAGAUUUUCUGGGGCAAGUAGUUGUAAAUGUUCAUGGUUUGCCAUAAAACACCCCCCCCCCCCCCAAAAAAAAAAAAAACAACAACACUUGGAAAUGUCAGAAACAAAAGUCUUGUCUUAUACAUAUGUAAACUUGGACUUUCACAAACAAAACCACAAUGGAAGCUUUGGUCUGAGCUUUAACUUUCAUAUCUAUGGUGGCCCUGAAAUGCAAAACACAACGGCAAAUGAAAAAGCACAACGGCAAAUCACCUAACAAAAAAACAAACAAAAACACUACGACAAAUCAAAAAACACCACGACAAAUCCAAAAAUAAAAUUACAAUAAGGAACCGGAAGAGGUAGGUCCCAGUCAAAAAGUACACUCAUCGCUGAUUGGACAAAUCUACCUUUAAGGGUAGGUACUGAUAAACAAGGAAGUUAUUCCGCUUCUGGUGUGGUAUUUAAAAAUGAGCAUUACAGUGAUCCCUCACUACUUCGCAGUUCAAACUUCGCACCCUCAGUCCAUUGCAGAUUUAAUAAAUACAGAUGAGCUGUCCCGAUCCGAUCACGUAGUCUCACACUCCCUCCUACUCCUUUUCUUGGUCAGGCAGUGCACCGGAGUUGCUUAUUAAAGUAAACAAUGAUUGACAGACAUUAAGGUUUGAUAUUUCCAGAGAUACCUGGAAGCCCAAACUUCAAAGUGCCGCAUGCGUCAAUCAUUGUUUAAACUGUUAAACCAGACAUGUCCAAAAUCAUGCCCGGGGGCCAAAUGCGGCCCGUGGUUAAAUUUCAUCUGUCCCCCAGCCAAUAACAUCUGGCCCACACACAGCCUUAAUAAAUUGGUCAGCAGUACUGCUACCAGCAUAUGAAUUAUCUUACACACUAAAUGCUACUCCUCAUUUACCCACGAAAAGGCAGCAGCACUCUAAGCAACAUUACCCCGUGUGACCCUUUACUGCCAAUUUUCUAAAAUGGCAACAAUCAACAAAAAAGGAAAGUUGACUGCGACGGCUGACACUUCAAGGAUAGGUGGAAAUUGAACUUAUUUCUUCACUAAAAUACGCAACUGUCUGCCUUAUUUGCAAAGAGACAGUCGCUGUUUUUAAAGAGACAAGACAAGACAAGACACGCUGACAUGUACGACAAGAUUACAGGCAAGAUACGUAGCGAGAAAUUGAAACUAGUUUAAUUUCACAGCAGCAGUAUUUCGCAAGAGCCCGAGUCGAAAGAGGACGACACGAAGGCUAGUUGCGAAAUUGUUGUAAUUAUUAAUAAAAAAUAUAUAUAUAAUGAAGCAAAUGUGACGCACAGAAUGGCUUGCUAAAAUUUGCUUAAAUAUAUUGUUCUUCAUAAAAGACGUCAGCCAAGGUCAGCCCCCCAUAUUUUUACCACACCAAAUCUGGCCCCCUUUGCAAAAAGUUUGGACACCCCUGUGUUAAACAGUUUCUGCGGCAACUCUUUGUGUGUAAGUGAGCGACUUGAACCGAUUAGAGUGGACUCACGCAAUGAAGCGUUUAAUAAAGAAAAGCAUUUUUUCUUUUAAUUCGGUGGGACUGUAACAUGUUUAAAACUUAUCAUUUGAACUGCUUAAAAACCAUUUAUUAAAAAUAAUAUAUAUUAAAAAAAAAUAUAUAUAUAUAUAUAUAUAUAUAUAUAUAUGCAUAGAUUUAUAAAAAUUAUUUUCAUUAUUUUUGUUUUAAUUAAACAUGUCUUAUACUAGUAUGUAUCUCUUUGUUAAUGCUAAAUCUGAAUAAAUAUAUAGAAAAGACACAAUUUUUAAAAAUUUUUUUAAAAAUUAAUUUUAUUUGAUUUUUUUUUUUUUUUAGUGAUUUCCGGUGGUGUUUUUGAAUGUGCCAUUGUGUUUUUGAUUUGCUGUUGUGUUUUGCACUUCACGGCCACCGUACAUAUCCUGCCAUUGACUGUUCAAACGGAAUGGACCUCAAUCCCCGUCAAUGGCAUUAAAACAUGAUAAUUCACUGCCAAAUGGCAUUUCGUAUGGCAAAACAAAAUAUUGCCUUUUUUUUUACUUUAAAAUGCAGCUGCUAUAAGAGAUUUAUUUCUGAAAAACACUAUUGUUUUUAAACCUUUGCAACAUUUCUGUGUCAAAGUUAGCGUGGCAUUGUAGAAGUAAACGGACGCCAACACUAAUCCUUCACAAACAUUGGUCAAAUUCAGUUUCCUCCAUCAACAUUCCGUUCAUCUUAAACGGCUUUACUAAUCCAUGAUAAAUUGUUUUCUUGUUUUGGGAAUAGGGAAGCAUGUUUUCCCAGACAAAAUUAUCAUUGCAUCUCCCCUCCGGAGAUGCAUGUCAAUCGAGUGUAUUGCUGCUGAGUAGAAGGAAAGAAAUAAUAUCACACACACACAAAAAAACAGAUUAUUAAGAAAAAAAAAACUAAAAUUUACUAAUAUUAGAUCUACAAAAAUACUGUGUAACUACUACUGCUGCUUGAAUUAAUGAGUAUUUUAACUCUAACAAAUCUUAGACAUAUUCUGAGACCUUACAUAUUCAAAAUCAAAUAUUUAUUCGCUAGACUGUCUAACCAAAGUAUAAUGAAAUUUUUAUUUAAGAAGAUUUAAGCAGUUUUGGACAAAUACUGUAUGUAUCAUUAAAUGCUGGCUCAACAGUAUAGUUGAACUAUGAUGGAAAUUUUUAUUUAUGCUUCUUUAUUGAAACAGCCUCAGCUCCUCAGUGUUUUUAAUCGUUACAGGUGAUGUCAUUUUGCUAAGGUGGAGCUUUCGCAUUUUUCAUGUCGAAAGAGGUGGGUUAAUGGUCCUAAUUGCUGUUUAGAGUGUUUUUGUGCGUUAUGAACUGUGGAUUUGUGGGUACAAUGAGGCCAUGCGAGACUGUAGUAAGUACCGUAUUUAUCGUUGGAGACGGAUUGAAGCGUUUUUUUUUUCUCCUGUACUUUCGUUCGCAUUCGAUGCGGUUUUAAAGCCCAAUUGUAAGCUUUUAAAGCUGUUUUGACACUUUUAAAAGUGGUA